AUGGUGAAAGAGACAAACGCCGAGCAGGAUAUGGCCGGAGAAGCAUCGAGCAGUAGCCGAAAGAGGCAACGACUUCCCUCCGUUGUUGAAGAAGAAGAAGGAGAGAAUGGUGGAAGAACGGCGAGUGAGAAUCGGAAUGUAGACGGUGGCGAGGUGAUAACAGAGGUACGAUCGGGGACCAUGUUUGGUCUGGAUCUUCUCGAGUGUCCCGUCUGCUGCAACGCACUCUCACUCUCGGCUCCUAUCUACCAGUGUGACAAUGGACACAUAGCUUGCACUUGUUGCUGCAUUAAGCUGAGUAACAAAUGUCCAGCCUGCACUUUGCCCAUUGGUCACCACCAUCGAUGCAUAGUAAUGGAGAGAGUUGUAGAAGCAAUCAUCUUUCCAUGCCCAAACGCCAAACACGGUUGCACCGAGAAGUUCUCAUACGGCAAAGAGUUAGUCCAUAAGAAGAAAUGUGGUUUCGCUCUAUGCUACUGUCCUAAACCAAACUGUAACUACUCCGGCGUGUACAAGGAUCUCUACAGUCACUACGAUGCUAACCACAAGGACACGUCGGACAGUUUCAGAGACGUAUGGAUAGUCCUUGAAGAAUGUAGAGAUGGUAAUCGGAAUUUAGACAGUGAUGAGGUGAUAACGGAGGUACGGUCACGGUCGGGGACGAUGUUUGAUCUUGAUCUUCUUGACUGUCCCGUUUGCUGCAAGGCACUCACGACUCCUAUCUAUCAGUGUGACAAUGGACACAUAGCUUGCUCUUCCUGCUGUGUUAACCUGAGGCACAAAUGCCCUGAAUGCACUUUGCCUAUUGGUAACUAUCGAUGCAGAAUUAUGGAGAGAGUUGUGAAAGCAAUCAUCGUCCCAUGCCCAAACGCGAACCAUGGUUGUCCAGAGAAGUUCUCUUACGGGAAAGAGUUGCUCCUUGAGAAGCAAUGUGGCUUUGCUCUAUGCUACUGUCCUAAACCAGACUGCAACUACGCAGGCGUGUACAAGGAUCUCUACUGUCACUACCUUGAUAGCCACGAAAACGGGAGUUGGUUUAUGUUUGGCCGUACCACUGAUGCAUGGAUGUUUAUACGUGACAAGAUUUUCUUUCUUCGAGGGAAUUGCGAUGGUCCGUUGGUUGUGAUUCAGUGUUUCGAGGAGCCUAAAGGAAUUUAUGUGACUGUGAAAUGUAUAGCACCUCCUGCUCCAGAGGUUGAGGAGAUCUCCUUUCAACUCUUUUACUCGUCUUAUCAUGGUGAGAAAACUAUGUCGUUUGGAUUGGCGAAGAUGAAAAGGAUUCAGAAAGUGAGCUACCAAACUCCUGAGGAGGACUACAUGUUAAUUCCUGACUAUUUCUUGGCUCAGCGGCCUGAUCUAAAGAUGAAAAUUUGCAUCAACCGGGUAGUGAAAGAAGAAGAAAAAGAAAAAGCUAAAGUUGGUGUGACUGCAGUUGUUGACAAUCAAAGUCGCAGGUCAACUCUUGAAGGAAAGCUAACUCCAAGUAUCAAGAUAGCCAAGUAA